AUGGGGAAGAAGAAGAAGAAGGACAAGCAGGUCACCUUUUGCUUCUACUGCGACCGCACGUUCAAUGACGAGGGCACGCUGGUGCAGCACCAAAAGGGCAAGCACUUCAAGUGCCCCGAGUGCAACCGCAAGCUGUCGUCGGCGCGGGGGCUGCAGGUGCACGCCUUCCAGGUCCACAAGCUCACACUCAACGCCGUGCCCGGAUGCCUGCCCGGGCGCGAGGACAUGGCGCGCGACAUAUUCGGGAUGGCGGGCAUCCCGGAGGGCGCGGAGCCAGGCCGGCCCUUUGGCGAGCACGGCGACGUGGACCCAGAAGCCAGCAAGAAGCCGCGCCUGGACGAUGGGCCAGCAGGACCAGGACCAGCACCGGCAGCGGCGGCGGCGGCGGCAGCACCAGCAGCGCUGCCUCCUGCGGCGGGCCCAGCCCUUGACCCCGGCGCCGCGGCGCCGGUCGGCGGCGUCUCCAUGGCUGGCAGCAUGACAGCAAACGGUGGCAUGAUGCCCAACGCCGGCAUGAUGGCCAACGGUGCCGGCAUGGGCAUGGGCCCAGCCGGCAUGGGCAUGGGCAUGACCCCGCAGAUGGCGAUGAUGCAGGGGCUGAUGGCUGGGGGGCUCCCUGGUAUGAUGAUGGCCCAGCGGGCGGCGAUGAUGAUGGGGGCCGCGGGCAUGAUGGGCGCCGGGGGCAUGAUGGGCGGCGGCUUGCCUGGCAUGGGCAUGGGGUUUGGGAUGGGGAUGGGCGCCCCAAGGCCGCCGGUGUCGGUGCCGGGCAUGCAGCAGCAGCAGCAGCAGCAGCAGCAGCAGCAGCCACCUCAGCAGCAGUCGCAGCAGCCGCAGCAGCAGCAGCAGUUCCAGCAGCCGCCGCUGCAACAGCAGUUUCAGCAGCAGCAGCAGCAUCAGCAGCAGUUCCAGCAGCUGCCGCUGCAGCAGCAGCAACAGCAGCAACAGCAGCAGGUGCCGCAGCCUCUGGCGCAGCAAGGCGUGGCCUUCCCAGGGUGA